GGUGUCUCUGUGGCUGUUAUCCAACUGUGCUGUUCGACUGUUGUUUCAGUGGACACGACUGACACCGGCGGACGGGACUUCCAAAACUACAAUUUUCACGAAUGAGUGUAGUGGCUUUGCAGUAGGCAUCAUAACGGGAUAUGUAUAUAUUUUGUUGUGGAUUGCACACUAUAUUUUGAAUUGGUGAGAAUAAUCGGAUGGGGCAACUUUGUUUUUGAAUUACUUUUCUCUGCAACUGUGUGCCUAUAGAUAUAUAGAAGUCGCUUUCAACCUCGGAUCUCAGACCAUCCUAAAACAUUCAUAGACGCAUACGGAUAAGAAGGCUUUUCGAAAGUUUAAAACCAUCAAGGCUAUGACCUUUUAUUUUCUUUGAACGUGAAGUCAGCGCGAGUCCUCAAGCCACGGAACCCUAUAAUUUGCUCUCUCGGUUGUUCCUAUUGCACAUUUUGAAAAACGUAGCAUAUAUAUAUUUUUUUUUUUUCGUUUAUAGGCCUAGUCUUACUGUAAUUCUACAAUGGACGGGGAACACGUCUUACGCGAUUUUAAAGAUAUUGAGACGAAGUUGGGUCGCAAAGUUCCUGAAAGUCUCAUUCGUUCCCUUGCAGGAGGAAAUAAUCAUCAUGACAAACAUGAGGAUACAAAAUUGGCGACACCGAAAAACCAGUCGAACUCUGCUGAUUUGAAACGACUGGAGAGCAAGAUGUUAUUUUUGAGACAGGAAAUGGCCCACCUCCGUGCCAUCGAUGUCAAGCUGAUGCAGCAGCUAAUAUCCAUCAACGACGGCAUCGAAUCCAUCAAAUGGGUGAUGGAGGACAAGGAGGGCCUAGCCAGUCGUGAAAGCAGCCUGACAGGCAGCCUGUACAGCCUAUUGGACAGCCAAGAUGACACCUCUUCACGCGGCAGCUUCACCAGUCUGCACGACGGACACAGCGAUGGAUUGGACGGGAUAUCCGUGGGCAGUUAUCUGGAUACGUUGGAUGAGUUAGCCGAAGACCUUUCGGAACACACUUCUCCGACGGACCUUGAUCUAUUCUCUGAUAAACCUGUUAUAGAGGACGAGACUUUCAGCAAGCCAACAAUGCGACUCAGAGUGGACUCCGAUGAGUACUACUGCUUUGGAUAGCUCUGCGUGGCUACGAGGCUAAUACAAACGCAGACAAAGACCAGAGGGUUAUUUUUGCCUAGCGUUGUCAAGAUUUCAAAUUCAUAUCAAAUCAAAUACAGUUGGCAUGGUAACUUUGAUAACAUUUUUAAAUUAUGAACUAGGACUUCAACUGGUUGAAAUUUGAGUAGUUUAGAAAUGUUUCAUAAGGUGGCUUGUUCAUUGAGUUACUGUGUGAAAUAUAGAACAUGGAUUUGUUCCCUUGAUGACCUACAUUCUUUUCCUGCUGCUAAGUGUUCUAUAGUGAUGUCACAGUGACAUUUAAGUGGUUUUACAAAGGGCAACUAUUCACAGUUGUGCUAUUUUGUAUCUUAAAACCAAAUUCAUUUUUGGUCUAAUGCAUGUACAUCUCACUAAACCUUAGCUACUUGUCCCUUCACAAAAACAAGUGAUGAGCUUUAAACAUAAUUAGGGAUUGAAUUGUUAUACUGAUAGGAGGUUAAAAGUGCAAUUUGUAAGUUAUCUGUCCCAACAAGAGGAACUGCAACCACAAUCAACCUAAAACAAAUACAAAAUAAUGCUAAGUAGUGCACCCUCUUCCUCCUCAUUCUUGGUGGUUGCUUGCAGUGCUCUCCAGGAGCGUUGUCCACUUUUUUUUUACAGAAAAUCGAACUUACAAAAUUGCUUAAUAAUAAUUUUGCUGUUUAUUUUUAUUGACACAGCUCACUUGGCAAACGUUAGAUGAAUUUUUCACAAUUUUCUUUCAGUGCACACUGACUGUACUCCGAAAAAUCUGAUACCUCUGUGUCUUGUUUCCCUUUUCACUUAGAUACCAUGUCUUUGGUUAGCCAUUCAUCCAUCAGAACUAAGGUAAUGUAGUAUAUAAGGAAUUAGUGGUAAUUUGGAGCAUUAGCGGUUCCAUGCUGAGACAUCGGCUGGAGUGGUUUAGUGGGGCAAAAAUACUACAUUUCCUUCAGGCUAUAGCAUCCAAGUGCAAUUUGAAAUAAAAAAAUGAUUUUGACAGCUAUGUGCUUACAUGCUAAACAUUGGACAGGUACUUUGCUCUUUCUUACUUUUUUUAUUUAGACAGAUUGCAGUCAACAUUGCCAUGCCCAGGUCAACAAUUUAUUUUUGUUUUGUUUUACCACAAGAGAUUAAUUGCAAAGAAGUUCCAAAGCGGAAAUCUUGAAGUUCACAACACUUAAUUAAUUGAAUUACUAGAUGGUAUUUUUUGGUUACGUUUAAUAACUUAAUUUUUGAGCUAGUCAACACUUUCAUGACUGGUAACUGACAAGGUUAAGUACAAAAGUAAGGCCAUUCAUUUCUGUACAAAGAUGAUUUUGUUUUAAAUUCCACUUUCUGUGUCUUCACAUGACCUGUGUGUGUUGUGCUCUUCAUGUUGCCUACUUUUUAACAUUGUAACUUAUUGUUUUUAUUGGUGUUGAAAAGUCUGUUGGGGAAAGUAAUAUAUUGUGAUUUUCUUCUUUCUCAGUUUCUGUGUACUGUUUAGUUUAAUCUACAUACACGCUAACACACACACACACACACUGGUUCGUAUGAUUGCCAGCUAAUGGUCUAUUUGUGGUAACAUGCAAUUAGUGGAGAGAAAUUGACUCCAUUUUGGAUUAUUUAGUAAGACCACAGAAGCGCUCAUAUGCACAUUUUUAUGCUGAGACAGUCUUGCUCCAUUUUUGUCAGACUAGUGAAGUUCCAACGUGGUAGUUUGAAAAAUGUACAAUGGAAAAUUGUGCUCAGUUUGGGCUAGAUUCUAUCAGAUUCGCACUAGCUGACACCCGUAUAGUGGUUGAUUUUACAUGUCGGCGGUGGAACUGUGUUAGAGCUACAAGCGUCUCCCAGCAUUAUACCUAAAGCUUUGCUGCACGCAAUCGCAUUAAGAGAAAUCCCAUGCAGCCUUGUUUACAAGUUUAAACUCUGGAAUGUGAGACAUAAUCUACACCCCGAUUAGGCUGAUAUAAAUCCCCCUUAUUUCGCUGAAUGAUUUUCAAUUUGAGCAUCAUUAUUUCUAUAUAGCCUACUCUUUAUCGUUCUAAACUUCUAAUGCAAGUGGGGUGGGUGUGGCUUUGUAACAAUGAUCACAAGAGCAGCUGCUCACCGAUUGGAUAGCUCCAACGCAGGAACACCUCCGACACCGUCAAAACAUCAUGCUAUUGCCGGUUAACGCUUGAUCGGAUUAAAUCUAGGCCUCUCUUGGAAAAAACACAAAGCAAAGAGGGCUAUUACAUCUUCUCAAUUCAUGAAAUUAAAGUACAUUUUCUUUUUUAAAACAUUUGGACUAUUAGUGGAAGGAAACCCAUUUUGGAUUACACUCAAGAUUGACAUGACUUAACUUCUCAUGGACGAGGCAUCACGUUACUAUACAUAAACCUUGGGAGUAUUCAUCACAAAAUAUUAUAGCCGGAUUAUGUAAAUCAAAACAAAUGUACGCCAGAGAGAAGACGGAAACAGAAAAGGAAUGCUAACCACAGUGCUUUUUUAUGUCCAUUUUAAUUAUUCUCACUAGCUUGUUGCUUUUCUACAGGGAUAAGUGCAUUUCAAGACUGGAAAGGAGAGGCCCUUGUGGUACAAUGAGCAGCCCCAGGACAUUCCUCUCCAGUACUCUAUUUAACUCUGCAUACUAUGACACUUCUCCCUUUAUUUUUGCAUAAAUGACAAACUACAAUGCCAGCCAUUGUAGUCACUAAUGCCUCUGAGGCAUAGAUGAUUCUAAGGAUGGUUAGCAUGCAAAAUAAAAACAAAUACCCUUGCACGGGGCAUGAUAUAGUUUCCUGGUUCUAAUGACAUGUUUUCCUUAGCAUUGAAGGUGCAGAGAUUCACCAUAUAAACUGAAAUAGGAAAUGCAUAGAAUUGUUAUUAAUCACUGCAUACGGAUUGGGAUGAAAGUGUAUGAAUUACAUUAUAUCUCAGUCAAUACCGCAGUAAAGUAAAUGCCUUGUGUACUAAAUUGUUGGGUGUCAAACGUAUUGGUCACAUACUGUUUAUCACUUAAUAUAGGUCUUUCAUCUUUUUCAGCCUCACACCUUAUUUUCUGAAACCACACUGUACUUGCGUUAAGAAAGGGUCAAAUUGAGAAUACUGCUGAUUCCCCUAACUAACUCAUUUUCCAACUAAUUUCCUUAGCUAAUAUACCUUUCAAACCAAGACGUUUUCCCGCCAACUUUAGCAUCCCACCAGCUUUUUGUCAACUUUUCUUUAAAUCUGAAAGGUAUUGCAGUAUUCCAAUAAAAUUACCAGAACCUAUCUGA